AUGAGUCGAUACCACGAAUCAGGACGUUUACGGUGUAGCUUUUGUGGUAAGGAUCAACGAGAAGUCUUAAAACUUAUAGCGGGACCUAAUGUCUACAUUUGCAACGAAUGUAUUGAACUAUGUAAUGAUAUUCUUGCCGAAGAUUAUAAUCAAGAUACUCAGACAAAAAAAGCAAAUUCUGAUAUCCCAAAGCCUCAAGAAAUUAAAGAGUAUUUAGAUCAGUAUGUAAUAGGACAAGAUGAUGCUAAAAAAACAUUAGCGGUGGCAGUACAUAAUCACUAUAAGCGUGUUCAGCACAAAGGCCAGCUUAGUGGUGUUGAAAUUCAAAAAUCUAAUAUUAUGCUUCUUGGCCCUACAGGAUCAGGUAAAACGCUAUUAGCGCAGAGUUUAGCACGUUUUUUGGAUGUUCCUUUUACCAUAGCUGAUGCGACAACACUAACAGAAGCAGGUUAUGUAGGUGAAGAUGUCGAGAAUAUUUUACUAAAUCUUUUACAAGCAGCUGAGUUUGACUUAGAACGUGCUCAGAAAGGUAUUGUUUAUAUCGAUGAGAUUGAUAAAGUAGCUCGUAAAGGAGAUAGCCCUUCAAUUACACGAGAUGUCUCUGGUGAAGGCGUCCAGCAGGCAUUACUUAAAAUUCUCGAAGGAACUAUUGCAAGUGUUCCACCAAAAGGAGGCCGAAAGCAUCCACAGCAAGAAUUUUUACAAAUGGACACAACAGAUAUUUUAUUUAUUUGUGGUGGUGCUUUUGUCGAUUUAGAACGUGUUAUUGAACGUCGUGUAGGGCGUCAAGGUAUUGGGUUUAAUGCAGACUUACGUAGUAAAAGUACACACGAUCUCAACACAUUAUUUUGUGAUGUUCAACCUGAAGAUUUAAUCCAGUUUGGUUUAAUUCCAGAAUUUAUUGGACGCAUUCCAGUUAUUGCAGCUCUAAACGAAUUAGACAAAGAAGCUCUUAUGAAAAUUCUGCAAGAGCCUAAAAAUGCUCUUAUUAAACAAUAUGCCAAACUAUUUGAAUUGGAAAAUGUCGACUUGUCUUUUACACAGGAAGCUCUUGAAGCAAUUUCAAAUCUUGCAAUAGAGCGUAAAAGUGGGGCACGAGGACUACGGGCAAUUAUGGAAAAAAUGAUGUUGGAUAUUAUGUAUGAUAUCCCAACACAACAAGGCCUCAAAGAAAUAGUGAUUACUGACGAUGUUGUGUUGAACCAAAAAGAUCCAAUAAGUAUUUACGAAAACCAGGCAGAAACAGCCUAA